GACACUGGCCUGAGUCCCUUUCUGACACCCCACCCCUUCUCACCCUGCUGGGAGGGGCUUGGGAGCAGGGAUGCAGCCAGACCAGGGCUGCAGGGCUUAUUUAUGCCCUGCAACUCCAGCAGGUUCACGCAGAAGAGGAGACCCAACUCGGAGGAGCCCUCUGGAAGCAGACAGCGAUGCCAGGGCUACCGGUGCCACACGCUCGGCAUGUGUCCUUGUCUAUUGGUUCUUCCGUGACAAUCAGAGGGACAACUCUCCUCCCUUUCGUCAAGGACCCACAACUGCAGGUGGAUUUCCACACUGGGACAACCGAGAGUUCAGACAUCGCCUUCCACCUCCGAGUGUACUUUGGUCACUUCGUGGUGAUGAACAGCCGUGAGGAUGGGAGCUGGAAGGGUGAGGUGCGGUCCUCCCACAUGCCCUUCGUGGACGGCAAAGCAUUUGAGCUGCGCAUCCUGGUGCUGCACAAUGAGUACCAGGUGGUGGUAAACGGCCAACACUGUUAUAGCUUUGCCCAUCGGCUCCAGCCAGGGGAUGUGAGGAUGGUGCAGGUGUGGAGAGAUGUCUCCUUGACCUCAGUGGAUGUCUCCUAGAGAGGGAGGAGAACAGACUCUCCCUUGUCAAGGAGUCCCUCUUUCUACGUGAUCAUGGAUUCCCAGAGCCUGUCUACAGAAUAAUCCCUCCUCACCCCUUCCCCAUCAUUUGGUCAUUAAAAUGUCACCAGACUUCA